GGCGGUGGCGCGGCGGCCGCGGUGGCUGCCAGUCCAGAACAGAAUGAUGGGCAACUCUCACCACAAGCAACCGAGGAGUAAGAGCCAAAGCAGCAGGAUGCAUUCAGCAACAGGGCAGCAGUUUGAUAGACAUGCAAGUUUUCGACACUCGUUGUUUAACACAGAGACAGCCGUGAACCCCAAGUCCACCCUGAGGCGGAGGCGGACCAUUAUUGGAUUCUCUAACUUUUCUCAGCGAGACCCAGGGCACAGCACCAGCCCGGUAGGCAGCCUGGCCUCAGACAUCAGGCCUGGCCACUCGGCUCCACAAGUUGUUCAGGGAAGAGUUGCUAUUGGGCAGGAAGCUCGGUUUCCAAGUCUCACCUCGCCGGGACUGAGGCACUCAUCGAGUGAGCCUGCAGACCCUCACCAGGCACGUGGUGGCCCAGACCCUCCUGGCACGGAGAGCAUGGCAAUGCUGUACAGUGUCCCCAGUUCUUGCAAUGGACCAACAGAGUCAACGUUCUCCACCUCCUGGAAGGGAGAUGCUUUCACGUACAUGACUCCAAGUGCCAGCAGCCAGGGCAAUCAAGUCAGUGAAAAUGGAAAAAAUCCUUCCUCUGGGAAUUCUUGGGUCUCUCUGAACACACUCCCACCUCUGGUUCCUAAAGAGGCGGCUACCCUCUUUGUCACCCGUGAUAACCCAGCAGGAUGCACUGGGCUACCCAGCUACUCUGAGCACCCCACUCAACGAAGGCAAAUACCAGAAAGACCUCCCAAGAUUGGCCUCCUGGCCCGUGGUACCUCAAGACUGGAAACAGGCCCAGGUGGAACUAACAGAUUCCGGGAGCGGUCACUUUCUGUGCCCACGGACUCAGGUGUCACCUCAGUGGACUAUGGUGAAGAGCAGAAGGCUGGUGAGGCCUGCAUCCUGCCUUAUGCCAGUGCAAACUCUGAAGGAAGUAACAGUACUGACAACAUUGCAGCCCUCAGCACUGAGCAAGAGGCGCAGCACAGGAGGCAAAGAUCCAAAAGUAUUUCACUCAAGAAGGCCAAAAAGAAGCCCUCUCCACCCAUGAGAAGCGUCUCACUAGUCAAAGAUGAGCCAGUCCUCCCACCAGAAGGUGAAUUGGCACUGCCCAAGGACCAGAGGCCCAGGAGCCUUUGCCUCUCCUUGGAACACCAAGGGCACCAUUCAUCUCACCCAGAUCCUCAAGGUCAUCCAUCUGGGCCAACUCUCAAAGAUCCAGAAGGUUCACAGUUCUCUCACCACUGGUAUCUUACUGACUGGAAGUCUGGUGACACCUACCAAUCCUUGUCCAGCUCCAGCACAGCCACUGGCACCACAGUCAUUGAAUGCACUCAAGUUCGGGGAAGCUCGGAGUCUCUGGCCUCCCCUUCCACCUCCAGAGCAACAACACCCUCCCAGCUCUCCAUUGAGGUGGAAGCCAGGGAAGUAGCCUCUCCUGGAAGGCCCACUGGACUGAUGUCCCCUUCCAGUGGCUACUCGAGCCAGUCAGAGACACCCACACCCACUGUCUCCAUGUCCUUGACCCUGGGCCACUUACCACCUCCAAGCACCAGUGUCCGAGUACGUCCGGUGGUACCAGAAAGGAAGUCAUCACUGCCCCCGAUGUCACCAAUGGAAAAAAUCUGCAAGUCACGGUUAUCAUUUGACCUACCAUUGAGCUCUUCAACCACCCUGGAUCUGUCGGGGAUGAGUAUCUCCAUCCGCAGCAAGACCAAGGUGAGCCGCCAUCACUCUGAUACCAAUUUUGGAGCCAAACUGGCACAGAAAACUAGUCCAAACCAGCCAAUCAUGCCCAUGGUUACUCAGUCUGACCUCCGUUCUGUUCGCCUGAGGUCAGUCAGCAAGUCUGAGCCAGAAGAUGACAUUGAGAGCCCAGAUUACACCGAGGAACCUGGAGCAGAAGAAGUCUUCACCUUGCCAGAGAGAAAAGUGAAACCUCCCAUAGCUGAGAAACCACCACUGGCCCGAAGGCCUCCAAGCUUGGGUCACAGGCCACCCUCGCUCCCUGGGGAGUAUCAGCUAACGUCUCCUACUAUGGCUAUGACACCCAGGAGCUCCGUUCCACACGUGAAGCAGCUCCCCCAAGACAGCUACACAGUGUUGCGGAAACCAAAGUCACCUAGCUUCCCCAGUGGCAGGAGCCCUGGGGAGUCUACAGCACCCUCCACCCUUGUCUUCACACCUCUUGCCAGUUCCUCUGGUGCUUUCUUCUCAGGAACACAGCAACCUCCCCAGGCCAGUGUAGAAGAUGGGGUCCCCAAAGUGAGAGCCCUACCAGAAAGAAUCAGCCUCCAGAGCCAGGAAGAAGCUGAGAAAAAGAUGAGCAAGAUUCCACCUCCUGUACCAAAAAAGCCCAGUGUGCUCUACCUGCCUCUCACCCCCCCUGUAGCUCAAAUGGAUGCCUGUAUGGCCGAGCCAAGGCUGCCUUUCAGCCCCAUCAUCACCUUAGAGGAAGAUACCAAGUGUCCCUCCGCUGAGGAGGACCCGAAGGCACCUGGUAAAAGGAUGACUUCUGCUCUUCCUGUUGACGGUGAAAAGGAGGCCGUCUCUCCAGGGAAGACUGUGGCCGAAGAGAAAAGUUUAAUCAGUGAUAAGACAGCCGAAUGGAUCUCGGAGGAGGACGAUGACGUGUUUGUGGCUUCGCGCACGACUGAAGAUUUAUUUACUGUGAUACACAGGUCCAAAAGAAAGCUCCUGGGCUGGAAAGAGCCUGGGGAGGGCUUCCCAGGCAGCAGACCCAGCUCCCACUCACCAGUGAAGAACACAGCUGAUUCUCCCACCACUGAGUCUGCUGCUGCCACAGGGGCAAGUGGCAGUGCCUGCCUAGACGCUGGCAGAAAUGAUGAUUUCAAGGCCCUGCUCCAGAAGAAGGGAAGUAAGGCAACUCCUAGGACCCGCCCCUCAGCGGCUGAGCUGCUCAAGACCACGAACCCUCUGGCUCGAAGAAUCAUUGCGCAGUUCUCAAAAGACUAUGAACCCACUGAAAGCCCCAGUACCUAAGCCCUGCUUCUUAUUCACUAGGUCUGAGGAGAGCAGGGGAAAGAUAGAGGGCUUCAGAAAGGGACCAACCACAGGAAUGACAAAACAUUCUGUCUUUGACAUUAACUCACACUCUGGACAGCAGAGAGGCCAACACAACACACCUGCGUUCCCCAGGCACUCUGAUAGGCUUCAGGCCAUCUGCGUUUCCAUGCUUACCAUGGCUGAACAUCGGUGUUCUUCUUAGAUUCUCCCAGCGUUGUCCAUUAAGAAGAGAUCCUCAGAUUUGAGAGCCCGUAUGCCACCUUUUUCAAUGUCCUGGCUGUUUUGUCCAUUGGCUCCUGUUGCUGAAAGGCACGGUGGGAGAAUAGAUCGGGGACCUUCCAAACCAGGGCUGGGGACAGAGGCACCAAUCCCACUGCUGAUUAUCUCCUCUCCUGGGGUGGCUUUGAUGGCCCUAUGUGAAGACCCAGACAGACACCGAGGCCUCCUCAACCCCAGAGAGAACUCUGCAGGAGGCGUGCACUAAUUUCAGCAUGGGGUUGAUUAGAUGGCUUCUGUGGUGCAAACAUGAGUGUGACUGUCUAAAACUCCAUGCCUUUUUCAGUUUGAUUGUCUAUGCGGAGAUCAGGGUGAUGAGUUUCAAUAAACUUCUAGGAUUUCCCCCCUCCCCCAUUAGCUAGAAAAGAUGGGACUGGGUGGCUUUGGCUGAGCCAAGCUCUGCAAACGAACGGGACAUUUGUUCGCUUGCAUCUAGCCAAGGUAACUCGCAUGCACGCCUUGAGGUCUUUCGAGUGUCUGUCAAUGUGGGUAGCCAGGAUCUGUGCCAAGCUCAUGUUGUAGACUCCAAGAACUCUCAUUUCACUCGCAUGUAACAUUCAUUACAGGAAGUAAUUAGGCGAAGGACUGGCAUCAUCCGAGGCUCCAGAAGUAGAACGGAAAUGUACCUUGCCCCACACCGUUCGAUUCAGAGUGUGCUUUUUGUGGUUCUUUGGGUUUUGUGUCAAGGAAAUCUGACUCUGUUUCAAAGAUCAAGAACCUGUAGACUGAAAAAGAUCUACGUGAAAUCAAAAAGACAGCCCAUAAUUCAAGAAGGCUACGUUUUGCCAUUUAGGUACUGCUGUUUGGCCAACUUUCAGCUUGCCGCGGCAGGGGGGCGGGGGGAGCAGCUAGGAUAAAGAGGAUACUGAAAGAGUUCCAAAACAAUCACAAUUACCCCUUCCCUUCCAAAGGCAACAGGCACAGGCUGUUCUUGUCAACUCGACUUUGUAAGUAUUGCAAGAGCACCUGCUCUCCGAGAGCUGAGGACAAGCUGAGCAAAGCACUGAACAGAGAACCUGCUGGCCAGUGUUGGGAAGUUCUUUGUCUUCUGCCCCCAAAGGGCCCAAAGGAACUGAACUUGUAGUGUGCUUUGCAAAAACAAACAAACAAAAAUGGGCUUUGACUCAUCGCCCGCACUCCCUGCCCUAAAAGAUUCCUUGCUCAGUCUCCCGGAGGAAGCAGUAAGGAGUCCAGGGACAAGCAUAUCUCCAUUUUGAUAGGUCACACUCCUCACCAAUGAGAAGCAAACUGUUAGCUCUACUGCCCACACUCCAGCAAGGCAAAGUGGCUGCAAAACUACCCCGAGUACUGAGAGGACUCGGGUCUCUGGCGUAGAAAUCCUAGGCUGAGGUCCUUGCUUGGGUGGCUCUAGUUCCGAUUGGUCUAAUUCUAGACAAAUGGAAAGAGCUCAAGCUCGCCAGCUCUCUUCCAGCUAGCACUUCCCUCUCGGGUCUAGAAAGAAGCCACUUAAAUAAUCAACAGUUAGGGGAACUCUGAAAGCGCUUAAACCAUUUAACAUGAAGAUCUUCUAAGCCAAGUUUCAUGAGUCAGACGGGAAUGCGGGAUAUACACUUUGAACCACCGCACCUGGGAGAUGGAGACAGGCAGACUUCUGUGAGUUUGAAGCCAGCCUGAUCUACAUAGGUAGUUCCAGGAAGCCAAGGCUCCAUAUUGAGACCCUGACUUCAGUCUUGGCCUUGGUUUAUACAUAACUACCACACCUGACUUAACUCAAAAUUCCAAAAGACAGAGGCGUUCUCCUCUGUAGGAAAAUGAAGGAGUGGAGUGCCCUUGCUUCUGCCUAUCAGGAGAAAAAGUUCCCUGGGUCUGCUCCACAGAACCGUUAUGAAUCAAUCACUGAAUUCUAAAGUUUGAGCAUAUGAAACUGUAUAGGGCUUGCUACUUUUGCUGAUGAUUUAUUUGAAGUGUCUUGUUUGUUCCUUCUCAUGGGUUUGGCCUCUCCCCUCAUCUUGCUACCUCUGGAGGUUCCCCCCAAAAGAUUCUAAACUGAAUGCUUAGACUGCUUGAGGUUGUUUCAGUGACCUGAACCCCUGCUCUCCUCUAUACGACUCUGUAUGCCUGGAAUGUUUAGAACAUUUCCUCGUCACUAUGACCCCCAGAAGCCCAACUAGCACAAGAGAUUUGGGGCAGAGACUUUACAGUCAGAGGAAACACUUUGGACUGGGAGUAGUCGUUCUGUCCCUCCAGGCUUGGCAGGGAGUAGACCUAGUCCUACGCAAACAACCUGAUUGUUAAAUAAUAAUAGUAACUAAAAACAGUCAUUGAUUAGCACAGCACCAAGCAUCUUUCUGAAUACUUAACCGCUCUCCUGUCCCUAUUAUCAUAAUCUCUCUCCCCUGAGGACAAUGUGUGCUGCCCAGGAGGCUGGAUUGGGAGGGGGACCCCUUUCAGGAAAGUCUCAGGGAGGUUGCUGAGGCUGCUGUGACACACGGCACACGGAAAGAAAGAGAGGGACCUCUAAGGAUGGCACACACAGUGAGUCGGGGGGAAAUGAAAGGGGGUUCAGGUGGUCAGCCUCUGCUUCAGGCUCUUCCUAUCCCCUUGUUUUCCUCCAGCUCCAGCCCUCAGUGGCAGGUGGCCCUGUUAGAAGAGCUUUGGUCCAGUCAAGGGUGGGGGGAGACCCCCCAGAGGCAGUUAAUGUGUACCUACGUGCUUUGCAUUUGGUGGCUAUGUAUUUGUGGUUCAGAUGUGAGUGCCAGAGAGCAUGUUGGUCUUAAUACAAAGGCUGGCUUUGCUUGUGGAUCCUCCCCAUUGCCUGUACUAUUGGCCUGCCUGGGCCUCUCUCUCCCUCCUGGCUCCAGCUUGUCUUUCAGUCCUAACACCCAGGAACUGCACCGAGGAGACCAGCAGCUCAGCCACAAAGGAGUCAAGGCCUCAGGCAGCCAGUUCAUUCACAGUAGCCUCACGACCACAAGGUUGAUCUGGAAAAAAAUGACCUUGAAUGUACAAAGACGGGCAAAUCUCCAGGGUUCCCCCAACAAGCAUUCUGCCUGGCAUCUACGUCAUCAAGACAACAGAGAUCCAGUUGUCAUCUCUGUGUACCUGUCACUCUGAGCAGAUCUCCCCAGGCACCCGACCCCCUCCUCACCUCCGAACCAGUCAGGAAAAAGACUCGGUACCACUCAGUGCUCUGUUGCUCACUACUUCCGCCCUCUGUGUUUGCCAAGUCUGUGGCACAAUGGUGAGCUUUUCCUUUGCUAUGAUUUGCCAGGGCCAGGAUUAGGGUGAGGCGAUUGGGGAGACGCCCACUCUCAAGGCCCCCGCCAGUGCCUUACCCUUGCCACGGCCCUGUGAUUUGCGCUCUGUAAAGUAGUAUGAGUUGCUCUUUCUUCCUCUGAGUGUAGUUCUGAUUUGGGGGCAGGUUUUGCGCCAAAUGUUUUCUUGCUGUUUUUCCAUUGGUUGCCAGCAGCCUUUGUAUGCGUUAAAGAAUCUUCAGUAUUAUCACAAACAUUUCAGCUGGCAAGUUAGCGCCCCGUUCAGGAGGAGCACGAGGGCCAGAGAACUUCAACAGGAAGUUGAGGUCUGCCCGUGUGGCCUUCUGUUUGCUCUUUCUGCUCCCUUCUCCCUUGUAGUCCUUGUGGCCCAGCACCGAUUCUCCUCAGUGCCUCCUACUUCGUUCUCCUCCUAAGAAAAACAUGCUCUCAGGAAAGGGAUGAAUUCAUUGACUCUGAGACUGGGAGGCUUCAUGCUACCUUUUUCGAGGGUUGCUUGCAUUUUAACAGGGGAACAGCCUUAAGCCAAAGGAAUGAAGUCCUUGCAGAAUGUUAGGCGUCACCUAGUUGUACAAGUUCUUUUUCACCGUGGAAAGACCAGACUCCCUGACAGCUGACUCCAGAGUAUAGAACCUCUGGUCUUCUCCUGGAAUCAUUGGAGUUAGUAGCUGCUGGUCAAUUAUCUAGAUAACCCUGUGCUAUUUUCCUACCAAGGGAUUCUGAGAAAAAGCUACUUACAAGCCUCUGAGAAGGCCUAGAUCAAGCACUCCUAUUGUACAUUAACAUGUUUGUGUAAACGGUAUUAAUACUACUUACCACUUAGGUAAAAGACACAAAGAUUUAACAAGUUUGUGAAGUGUGUCCUGUUUGUGCAAGGUGACUCUACCGAGUCCACUUCUUACCGAUGUCAGUCGUCCAGUAUCAGUGGUGAUUAUUAAAUUGCGUGGAGGCCUAGUUACUAAGCACAGGCCUCCACUACCCCUCCUGCCGUUCGUCUCUGUGGUGUGCUAUGACUCCAGCUUGGUGUGAGAAUGAGACCUUUUCUAAAGCAGAGCCCCAGUCCCUAAUGCCUUUGCAUGUAUUCAGCUCUAAGUGACCAAGAUAGGAAGGAUUUAAGAGGACAAGCGAGUAGGAAAGAGGUACAAAACAGUGCCUUUGUCAUAAGUCAGCAGACAGUGUGAUGACUUUCACGUGACUUGAAACAAGCAAGUCAACUAUUUUAAAACACUUUGAAAUCAGUUUGUAAAGGACUAUGGUUGCGAGUGGUUUUUGAACACAUGUUGGAGGCACUUUAAUAAGUUUAGCAAAAAAGAAAUUUGCCUAAUGAAGACUGUGUGAAAUAAAUAUAUACCUUUGUUUGGUAAAGGCCCAAAUCUAGGCCACUGGUUCUCAAAGGAUGGUCUUGGAAUCACCAAGAGCAACAUAUGAGAGAAGGAGGGGGAGAGACAGAGAGAGAGGUGUCACACCUUUUAAGUCCUCUGAAUCGCCAGAGCCACGCCUCUCUGCAACAGGUUACCUUUCUGACCGUUAGUUACAGUUAGCAGUCCAAUCUCUGGCAAAGAAGCAUGUCUAGCAUCUUCUUGCUCCGCUACACAUUUGUCUGGCAUUAAGAAAGUGCCAGAUUGAAUCAGGCCCAUCUGGCCUGGUUUGGGAUUUUAAAAUAGUAACAACAACAACAAAACCUGUGGUGGUGGUGGUGAUGGUUGCAUUUGGUAGGACCAGUCCUUAAAUGAACGUCCUCACCGCCGUGAUUGUUCUCUAGGAGGGCUCUUGCAGAAAUGGAUUUGCUUCUGAGGCUCUGCCCGAAGGCUAAAGUGUGGCAUUUGAUAGUAGUGAUCCCCCCUACAGGGAAACAAACACCUAAACCAGAACAACCAGUUAACCCCUCUCAGCCUCUUUGUAAUGCUAAGCUUUAUAGAAAUUUAUUCCGUAUGUGGUCUUGAGAUUUUCUAUGUCCAGUUUUAUAAAAUGUUCUGCAUGCCAAUACAGCAUUGUGGUCACGUCAAAGCCAUUCCUCCUCCGUGUGUGUGCUGGUGAAGAAAUACCAACAUGUAUGUUCUGAUGUUUUCUGAUCAACUGUAAAUUACAUUUUCAUUAAUUUUUAAAUGAGAUAUAUUUACUCUGGCUAGCAGUUAAAAUUUUAUUCUUUUUCUUAUCUUUCAUUGCUACUUUUUUCUACUGACUCCAAGGCUUACUUUGGGAAGAGAAUUUCUUAUUUCUAGAUUGUUGUAUCUCUCUUAUUUCUAUAUUUACCUAUAAUCACAGAGUGUAAGAGCUGAAAGGGACCAAUCUCCCUCAUUUCAUAGAGGAAAUUAAGGCCCAGAUGGGUCAAACGGCUUGCCGCAGGUCACACAAUGAGUCUGAGGCAGGGCCCAGCCUCAAUUCUAGGUUGCCUGCCUCUGGGAUGAAUGUUUUAUCAUUUAAAUCAUUAUAUUUAUGAAGGACCCAUGACUGGCUUCUACUUGUCUGGCUCAUUAAUUUCCCAGGUAUUUCAGAGAAAAAAAAUCUAUAUGCUUUAAAAGGAACGCUUGUUCUUCAGUUAAUGAAUCCAAAGAAAAUCUGGUUUUUAGUUUAGAAAAUCAUUUCCCUCCAUGUUUGCUAUCUGUGCCCUACUUUGUACAGUGGAUGUUUCCCCUAAAAGCUGUGGGAGGAUGAAUUUAUAUAGAGCAAAUUUCCUUUUUUAGUAGGAAAGCUUCCCUGUGUAAGGGAAUCUUCUAGGGGCUUUUUUGGAGAAACAAAACUAAACAGACCCCUCUUGUCGUUUGCUCCUUUAGGUCUUUAAUUACUUAUUAGUGUGAUUUUUUUUUGUACUUGCUUUUAUUUAAAGUAGGGCAAACCAGUGUUAGCUUUCCUAGAAUUUACUAGAACCUUACCUUCCUAAUCUUUUUGAGAAAUCUUUAGACUGUUAUAUGCUUAUGAGCUAUUCAAUUGUAUUCUAGAAACUUCACCUGACCUGACAUUUUGCCAAUCCCUGGGCUCAAAUUCCAUCUCUAUCUGAUCAGAUAAGAACAAGAGUUCCCUAAUCAGUACUUAUCUCUACAUAUGAUUUCUUUUCCAGAACAUUCUUUGCCCAGUAUUCCUUCCUGUGCUCUUACUUUAGCCAUCUCAGGCCUCUUUCCUAAAUCACACAUACCUCACUGUCCUGUGCACUUUUGGGCACUACACCUUGAGGGCCGGGCUAGUCAUCCUGAGCAAUAUCUCCAGUUACUUCCAUGUGCCCAUUUCUCUUGGAUCUCUUCUGGUUUCCCUUCCUAGACUCAAAGGCUUCUCUCACCAGAGACUGCUGGGAUUUUCCCAUCGUUUCAGGAAAUCAAUGAACUUCCCCUUCAAAGGGCCUGAGAGAAAUUGUUUUAGUCUUUGUGGGUCAUCUAUGGUUUUUGUGGCAGAUUCUUUCUUGUGGCUGAUUGUUCAUUCACUCGUUUUACACCUUUGGAACAUCUGAAAACCAUUCUCAGCUCACAGACCAUGCAAGGCUGACCCCCGAUCCACACUACCAUUUUUUGACCGUCCCCAUUGUGAAAAGUGGACGAGGGCUGGCAUGAAAAAUCAGCACGUAAAGGUGUCUGCCACCAAGCCUGAUGAUCAAUGGGAUCUAAGUUUGAGUGGAACCCACGUAGUGAAAGGAGAGAACCCCUGCAAAUUAUCCUCUGACCUCUGUAAGCAUGAUACACACACACACACACACACACACACACACACACACACAAAUAGAUAAAUAUAAUACUAGAA